GGGGCGCAAGAGCGGGCGGCGGACGGAGCCGAGCGCGGCCGAGAUCGCACGAACGCGAGCUUCCGAGCGAAAUGGACAUGUGAACAUAGACGCGCUCGACAGUACGCGGACAGUGUGGUGAGUGAACGUUGCGGCGCCGGGUUCGCGGAUUUCGUUGAUUUUUUUGCCCAACUGUCAUGUCGUAGCGUCCUACUCUCACCACUGUGAAAGCGAUGCUUCGUGAGUGAACGCCCCUACAGCAUAAUAUAACCUCUUUGUCUUGCUCUCUUUCGAAGACGCGAGCUUGUCUCUCUUUCUCUUGCACAUUCGUCGUCCAACCUUUCUCGUUCUCAUACACAUUCUCUCUAUCUCCGCCGCGCGUUUGAUUCGCGUGUACGUCUCUUUCUCGGGGCGCUCGAUAAUAGUUAACUCGCAGACAACGACGGUGACGUUCGUCGCGACACUGACGUUUUUCCUUUCAAUCGCCCGCGUCGCGUGUGCGCAACCAGUUGCGUGUUGCGUAAUCAUUUUACGACAGCCCGUCUCGUGGGUGCAUCGCCCCGCUCCCCUCACCUCGUUCACCCAUCCGCCGAAGAGUUUGGUGCUACCUUGGAAUCUGACGUUUCGAGUGCAAAACUUUACUGCAGCAUCUUACGGAACACGUGGUAGCACAGCUGACGCGCGGCCGAAGAGGCGGAAGUGUCUGUUGACGAUGGCGGCGGGAACGUGCCAAUUCGCCUGAGGAGACAUCCGCAGAAAUCCGUAAGGAUGGUGCUAGUGGUGGGCGGGGUGGUCCUGCAGGAGGAAAUACCCGCGGACAGCAGAUCUUUGUACGCGGCCCACCCGGUAUACCGCGAGAGCGCGGCCCAGCUGCACUCGAUGCCGGCGAAACUCGUGGGCCCGGUGGGCCUCCUCUACGUCCAGCAACGAGAAAUGGCUGCGACUCUGCCGCAAGACAAGAACGUGAACAUCCUCGGUUCGGACGAUAUGACUACGUGCAUAAUCGUUGUCGUCAGGCAUUCCGGUUCAGGCGCCGCAGCAUUGGCGCAUCUUGAUGGCUCUGGCACAGAAGAUGCUGCAGUGGCGAUGAUCCAGAGGGUAACGGAACUCACCCUUGGAUAUCCCGAAGGUCGGCUAGAAUUGCAGUUGGUCGGUGGUUACUCCGAUCCGAGAAACUAUUCCGAGGAAUUAUUUUAUACUAUACUUUCUGCAUUUCACAAGCAACCGGUUGAAAUCGACCUGACAUUAUGCUGUGUGGGCGAGUUGAAUACCACUGUGAGAGCUGGGAUUCAUUGGCCGGUGAUCUACGGCAUCGGGCUGAACGUGAAGACGGGCGAGAUCUUUCCCGCGACUUUCCCCGACAAAGGCCCGGAUCAGGCGCUGCGGUGCGCCAGACAAUUGACCGGAGGUCAGCAGGUACUGGAUAUAUACGAUUGUGGUCUUGGAUUACUUAGAAUUGGUCCGUUUAAUUAUGAUCCUUUGCGAGGUGUGGAUCUCUGGUUGGCGCAAUCCGAUCAAUUUAUUCUGCAACAUCUGUCAACGUCACCGGAAGUAGAACAACCACAUUUCGUCUCACAAGUACGGGCGACACUCAAGUACAUUCAGGACAAUCAAUUUCCUGCUGUCACCGUCUUUCGAGAUAAUAAACCUCAUUACUAUCGCCGGGAUGAAACCACUGGCGUCUGGCAGCCGAUGCGAUAUUAAACUUAAUAAAUCGCAGAUUCGGUUAAGACUUGCGUGGAGGUUAUUCGCGAAACUUUCGAGUGACAUAAACUAUAAUCAAAUUGCAGAUUGACGAAGCGGAGUCAUAGAAAUUUAAAUUAAUUACUGAAACGUGAACUGCGUCUUUUGAAAAUCGCAGUACCGUGACAGAAUUGUUGCUCUAAUAAACUCAUUUAAAAAAAAUUGAUCCGCGCGUAUAAUUGAUGAGAAAAAUACGAAAAUCGGCAUAUAAUUGCAGCUUUUGUCGGCUGGCAAUUAUUUGUGCUCAAUAAAAAAAAGAUGUCCGAGCGAGAAGAAAUCGUGAGAAUAUAGAUUGAAACAGUCAUAGGUAGCGCACAGGUUGAUGCCUUAAUGUCUGCUCACAGUGGAAAAUAUCUCGUAAACCGCAUUGAAAUCGAGAUGCAGAUUAGUCUUUGAAUAUACAUUGCCAAGUAUAUACAAUUUGUAAUAUUUACAAAUUAAAUUCAAAGAGUAGAGCUUAUAACUCUGUUAUCAGAGUAUAAGCCAAAAAAAUAAAUUGAAACACUUUGACAAACAAUUUUCUGAAAAUUUUAAUACGCAUUAUUCGGCACACUGCUUGUGCAUAUACUUAUAAUAACGCAUAUUUUUCUUUAAAUACCUUUUAUAUUGGAAAAGCACUUUUUAAAAUAAUAUUGAGGGAUGUUUUUUCUAUGUAAUUACAGCAGGAUAUUUUAAGUCAAAUCAUUAUAGGAAUUACAUCGUGAUCGAAAUUGUUUUUAAUUAUCUGCAAACUAUUAUCAAAAAUUUCUAAAAUCGUAUCCAGGUAUUUUGCUUGCCAGGCGAUAAUUCUUAUAUAACUCAAAAUUUAUAAAACGAUAUACGACUUUAUGAAAUCUUACGAAGAAGAAAAGAAACUAAAAAAAUAAUUUUGUAAAGUGCAUAUAAUAGAAAUAUAUUCCCUUCUCUUCUAGCAUUUUUUGGAUAUAUUUAUAUAAAAAGCUAUAUUCGCGGAUAUCACAUGCAAUGCGCUUGAAUCGUGAAUAAGUUUGUAUGUAUUAAUAUGUUGGCAUUGUUGAAUUUCUUUUUUGAUAGAUACUUAUGUUAUAUAUAUGGAUAAUGAUUGAAUUCGAUUCGUUGUUACAAAAUGUUAUUAGUCAUACGUCCUUGUUCCAUCAUUGAACUUUCUCUUCGGCUUAACUUUCAUUGUCGUCAGAGCGAUUAAGCAAUAAUGUGUAUUCUCAUCGCGCAUUUAGUAUUAAAUGCGAUUGUCUGAUACUUAUUUCACCUUUACAUCACGUGCAAUCUUCAUAAUUAAACAAUUAAUUCAAUAGUUGAAAAUCACAUUUGAUGCUAACUGUGCGAUUACAGUACAAAUUUACGCACACGCGCGUGGAGUUAGGCUCAGGCAUUUGUCCUUUUUCUUUCAGCUGAAUUAUAAAAGUUCGAGCAACGAAGAAUUCCGUAUUUGCCAUAAUAAAGAAAAGAAUGUAUGAAAGGUAGUGGUGAAGUAGAGGACAAUGUAUAUAAUAUUUUCAGGGUUGUGCCCGAAUUCUUUUCGAGUGAGGGAAAGUUCCUCUGCCUUGACACAGGUAUUUUGCGAGAUUCCUUCGAAAAUUCAAACAGCAAAAAUUAGCAAUUGAGUAAAAGUCGCGUUGAUAUCACGCGAGAUUUUUAACUCGUUCUCGCACAUACAUAUAUGUUGAAAAUGCCAAUCUUCUUUAAUUUUCUUUGAAUGUAUGUGAGAUACUCGUGAGACACGAGUAUAUACAUUUAGGCAUCCGCGUUUGAUCAUUUACGUCGUAGAAUAUAAACAUCCAAGGUAAAAGAUGCGAUGUGUGACAAAUCGUUAAUUGUUAUUUUACUAAUUGUAAGCAUAAUAUACAAAUGCAUAAUAAUAUGGUGCAAUUUGAUCAAUCUGGAAAUCGCGUGAACAUUUUACAUAGAUUUUAUUAUAACAUAUUUAGAAAGUUUAGACGUGCGAUUGCGAUCGAAGAAUUAAAAUGACGAGGCCUUCCCUUACUUGUGAAUUCAUUGAUUAAGCGGAAAGAUAAUUUUCUUCGGAUUGUGUUUGAGAGUACAGUUCCCCAGCCAUACAAAAAAUUUUUUAUAUUUUGAUAUAUGAAUAUAAUUUAGCAGAAAAAAUUCAAAAAAUUCAAUGUUAUUGUAAGAGCGUUCCUCACUCUUUGAGCGAAUAUAUAUGUGAUGAAUAUAUCAUUUUUUUCAAUGAUAUUUUAAGCGAAGAAUAUAUAAAAUUUCUUCUAUAGCUAUGGUCUCGAAGUUUUGAAAUAGUAAAGGUAAAGGAAAGGUGCGAAGAAAAAUUUACAAUUUUUUAUUGUUUUAGUGCUAUAUAAGCUAAUUGAGGUUGAUAUUAAUAAUAAUUAUAAUAAUAAUAAUGAUGACGCGAUGAUCAGAAUGAUAUUGCUAAUAAUGAUAUUUUUUAGAUAUCGAAAAAAGAUAUAUUUUUACUAUAUUAUGUAAAAGAGCGAAUGCCCUCGCGACGAUGAAGCUCUCAGGAUCGAACAUACGACUUUCUUUUCCCUUCCCAUUCGAUCUACGUGAAUGAAGGAAGUGUAGCGGGUGGUUUGCCAUUUACUUUGUUGCUUCUGGCUGGAGAAUAUACAGCUUUUCUUGCUUGCUCAUAGAAACUUCCUGAUACAGUAAUACAAUUACAUAUAUAUAUAUAUAUAUAUAUAUAUAUAUAUAUAUAUAUAUAUAUAUACUUCUUAUGUUCUCUAUCGCGUGCGCUCUUUUUUCCCAAUCCUCGGCCUCGUUCUUAUAAUAGCGUUCCCGUUCGAUCUCCUUCGCAUUCUUUCUCGCGUUACGCAAACGCAAUCUUACUACAUAAUAUUAUUUGGUGAUAUAUUUAUACAAUAAAUGAUACUAGACUAAA